AUGCAUAAAAUUGGAAUCGAUAUUGGUAACACCAAGACUGUGAUCUAUUCCAGUAAGCAGAAUGGAACUGUUGUGACCGAUGAGUAUGACAAGAGGGAAAUUGCAACUGUACUGGAAUUGACCAAGCCAAAGAGAUCCUAUGGAAAAGGUUGUUCAUCUGAUGGAAAUGAAAGUAUAUUGGUCAGGUUCCGUAGCUUCAUGAGUCAAAUUUUGACUGAAGAAGGUAGACUACAUCUGUACAUGUUUCUAGAACAGCUGCAUAGAAUUCUAGAAUUGGAAGGAGGCUAUAAGGGUGUUGCGCUUACAAUUCCUGAAUAUUUUGGUUCGCAGGAAAAGGGUAUUCUUCUGUCACUGACCAGAGCAUCUAACCUCCGGGUAGUUAGUUUUGUAACACAACUGACUGCUGUAGCAUCAUAUGCUGGUCUCCUAACCAAAACAGUACCUGAUAAUUUUAUGUUGAUGGAUUUUGGAUCCCACAAAUCAACAAUUGGCAUUUUUGCUAAGAAAGAUGGAAGAGUGACGCCGUUGGCACGCUUCUACUGUAAAAGAGGAGCCACUGAUUUCGAUGAAGCGAUUUAUAGGAUGGUAGUUGAGAAAUACAACCUGAGCAAUAGCAAGGUGAUAAAGGAGCGUAUUUUCCAACAGACUGAGAAAAUCAAGAAGGCCUUCAACAACUUUUCAGAAAUAUCCGUUACAAUUCUGGAUGAUACUUAUCAGAACAUCCAAAUCACUGUAUCAAGAGAGGAACUGUAUGAGCGAGUCAAGAUUGUAAUAGAAGAAAUAGCACAUUUUGUUUCAUCUACAAUGAAGGAUACAGCGUAUGAUGGCCAUAUCGAAAUUGUAGGCAAAAAUAGCCAAAAUAAGUUUAUCAAGGAUAUUACAAAGAACUUCACUUGUUACACGACACUCCAUACAUCAGAAGCUGCUGCUCAUGGUGCAUGUCUAUAUUUGGCAGUGAAUAGCAAUUUAGAAAUGAAGUACAAAGUUGAUGAGAUCAUAGGAAGAGAAAUCACGGCUAAGAUUGGAGAAGAAUCUUUCAUUGUUUUCAGGUCGAAUGAUCUGAUCAACAAGAAGAGAAAGAUCAAGGUUCAGAAGAGUGGUGAGUUUGUUGUUGAACUUCAUGAAGAUGGAAUUCUGUUCGGGACGAUUACAGUCAAAAACACUGAAGAACUUGCUGAAACAGAAGCCGUUAGCAUCGAAGUUGUCUUUGAUGAAUUCUGUCUCUUUAAAGUCAACUCAGCAAAGAUUGUUGACAUAAACCAGAGCACAGAAUCAAUUGAGAAGGUGCGAGAUGGACAGAAGGUAUUGGAGUUUGUGUUUGACACAUUUACAUUGGACACACUUGAAACGAACAUGAUUGUUCAGAAAGAGCAAGAAUUUGCCACUAUUGAAGAAAAUUACAAGAAAGCAGGUGAAAUCAGAAAUGAAACUGAGCAAGUGCUUGAUAAUUUAGCAGGCUACUUGGAAUCCAAGUUUAGCAAUUUGGCUACAAGCGAAGAUGUUGAUAAGAUCAAUGCAUUGGUGGACGAAUACUUUUCACUGGAUAUCACCAGGGAUUAUGAAAUAGAGAAGAAGCGUGCUGAAGAAUACUAUGGUAAGUUAGGAUUCAUCAGAGAGAAGUUGGAAGAGAGGGAAAAAGAUAUUGCUGAAGCAAUGACGAAAAUUGAGAAUGAAAUGAAGGAUUUCAUUGGAAAGAACAAGAAGGAUUCUGAUGUUAUGAUACCAAUGCAUAAGCUUGCAACUGAAAUCAAGAAGUUUAAAGAGAAUAUGGCACUGAAAUUGAACAAUUUGGGUGGUUUUGAUCACAUAUUUGCAAGUGAAGCACGUGAGAAAUUUGAAGAAGCCAAGAAAGAGGUAGAACAGCUGAUUGUGAAGAAAAGAGAGCGGGAAGAAAAGAGAAAGAAUGAGGAGAUUAAGAGGAAAGAAGAGGAAAGAAAAAGAGAAGAAGCCAAGAAAAGGAAAGAGGAAGAAAAACCCGAAGGAGAAGAUACUGAACCUGAAAACACCAAGGCGGAAUCUGAUGCAAAAGAGUCUGAUGAAGACCAACCUGAAAAGAAGGGAUCAGAAACAGACCAGUCUAGUAAGGAACCAGUUAUUUAA